AGCGUCACAAGCGGAAGGUCAUUGAGCGGCAGCACGGAGCGGAAGCGGGAGUAAAGAGCCGAUCCGCCAUUGUGGAAUACGGUGAGGGAUGUUCCAGUAAGACACUCGUCAGUUUCAGAUUGAACCGAUCAAACCGCCGGCCCGUUGGCCCCGGAUCGCCCACGCGAACUGACGCCCUCUCCGCAGACGCAAAGUCGCCGUUUGUGACGGACACACAAGAAGCGGAUCGUCGUCGGCUCUCGGCCGCGGGAGGGAAAAGAAACGCCGCCUCGUCGCCGUGUUCGGGGUGAUCGCACAGCCCGGGAGACGAGCCAGGGAACGCGCCGCGGAGUGCAGAGAGAGAGAGACCCAAAGGACAAGGAAAUAAAGUGCAAAACGGAUCAAUGCAUCAAAAGGAUGGUGUGAAUGAUGAUGAUUUUGAGCCUUACUUAAGCGGCCAGACAAAUCAGAGUAACAGUUAUCCACCAAUGUCUGACCCCUACAUGCCCAGCUACUAUGCUCCAUCCAUUGGUUUCCCUUACUCUCUGGGAGAGGCCGCUUGGUCCACAGCAGGAGACCCUCCAAUGCCCUACCUAGCUACCUAUGGACAGAUGAGCAAUGGCGAGCCGCACUUCAUCCCUGAUGGUGUGUUCAGCCAGCCGGGUGCCCUGGGGAAUACGCCUCCCUUCCUCGGCCAGCAUGGCUUCAACUUCUUCCCUGGUAACGCAGACUUUUCCACCUGGGGCACCAGUGUCUCUCAGGGACAGUCCACACAGAGCUCAGUGUACAGCAACAGCUAUGGGUACGCACCCAGCUCACUGGGCCGAGCCAUAACGGACGGACAAGCCGGCUUUGGAAGUGACACCCAGCUUAGUAAGGUGCCGGUACUGAACAGCAUUGAGCAGGGCAUGACGGGGUUAAAACUGGGUACGGACAUGGUGGCAGCUGUCACCAAAACCGUGGGCUCACCCUUAGGUGGCACAGUAGGUAUGACCAGCAUGGCAGCCAAUAACCUCCCACCGUCUGUUAGCUCGUCAGCACCUAAACCUGCCUCCUGGGCAGCCAUUGCCAAGAAGCCAGCCAAGCUACAGCCCAAGGUCAAACCCAAAGCCAACAUGGGGAUGGGCGGUAUCGCCACCAUCCCCCCACCCCCAAUAAAGCACAAUAUGAACAUUGGUACUUGGGACGAUAAGGGCUCUCUGAAUAAGCCCCCAUUAGCUCAGACUAUGAUGCCCCCACAGCCUCUAUUGCAGCAGCCUCUCCUAGCUCAGCCCCAGCCCUUACUGCAGAACCCUCUGCCCCCUCAGCCUCAACACCAGCCCCAGCAUCAACAUCAACACCAACACCAACACCAACACCAACACCAACACCAACACCCUCACCAACACCAACACCAGCCCUUCCAGCUCCAGUCUCUUCAGUCCCCCCAACACCCCCAGCCUCUGCCCCCUGGCCCUCAGCACAUGCACCUUCACUCUCAGCCUGGCCCCCCACAGCACCUUCAUCAGCAACUACCCCAGCAGCCUGGCCCGCCCCCCAACCGCUGGGUGGCUCCCAGGAACCGGGGCGAGGGCUUUGGUUUUGGCGGGGGAGUCCAACUUAGUGCCUCCCCUUGCUCUGGAGAAGUGCACCCUGUGCUGGAGAAACUCCGUGCCCUCAACAACUACAACCCCAAAGACUUUGACUGGAACUUGAAAAACGGACGUGUUUUCAUUAUCAAGAGCUAUUCAGAAGAUGACAUCCACCGUUCAAUCAAGUACUCUAUCUGGUGCAGUACAGAACAUGGCAACAAGCGCCUGGAUGGUGCCUUCCGCUCUCUGGGCAACAAGGGGCCCCUGUACCUGUUGUUCAGUGUCAACGGCAGUGGGCACUUCUGUGGUGUGGCAGAGAUGCGCUCACCGGUGGACUACAAUGCCUAUGCGGGCGUCUGGUCUCAGGACAAGUGGAAGGGCAAGUUUGAGGUGAAGUGGGUCUUCAUCAAAGACGUGCCCAACAACCAGCUGCGACACAUCCGGCUGGAGAACAAUGACAACAAGCCAGUGACCAACUCCAGGGACACCCAGGAAGUGCCUCUGGAGAAGGCCAAACAGGUGCUUAAAAUUAUCGCCACUUACAAGCAUACCACCUCAAUCUUUGAUGACUUUGCACAUUACGAGAAACGUCAGGAAGAGGAGGAGGCUCUGAGGAAGGAGCGCAAUAGAAAUAAACAGUAAACUUCAAGCAAGCUCUCCGCUAGAACUGCAACACUAAUGACGUAGGACCUUAAAUAAAAAUUUGCCUAACCAAGAGAAAAGGAGGAGGAAGUCCUUACGCUGAAGACGACAAUGUAUCUGAACACUUGAACAUGACAAUAGAUGGACUCAUCUGUAUCCGUUGACUGGUGCAUCAACCCCCCCGUGUUCCCGUCUCACGAGAAGAAGAAAAAGAAGAACCCACGUUGAGAACUCUGUCUUUUAAGCACUUUCAGUCCUUCUGAACAGCCUCUACCAACACCCUUAACCCUCUAACUCUCUGUUAAUCUUCUUUGAUUUUGUUUGUGAGCAACUAACUGACUAACCAGAGUAGUCAGAAGAUUUCGGCGGGCUUAUUUGUAAUUUCUUUUUUUUAAAUGCCUCAAAUGAUUGGGAUAUCGGUGAGCCUCAUUAGCUCCCGGAAAGAAUUAAAGAAAUGUAUAACUUAAUCUUGUACUUGAAUCUGUGUUUAGUCGUCUGAUCCUCCUCAGACGGGGGCUGUGGAUGAUUGACAGGCGGGAGGAAGUAAUUGGGGAAACGGCCACAGUCAUGCCAUUCAUAGGAUGUAUCCUCUCUCCACCUGUUCUCCUUCCUUUCUGCAUUUGUUUCUGUGUACCAAAAGAUUACAAUUAUGCAGCGGGUCGGCAAGUGCCCACCAGUGCACAAUUUUGUUCUUUUUAGUUUUUUUCUCUCUCUCUCUCUCUUGUGAAUCUGUCAUUCUGAAGUGCAUUUGUCUGAGGAGAAACCUGCUGCUCUCUUAGAACUGGCGGUGGCCUCCUCGGGCCCUGUGGGCGAGUGUCUUGACUCUGAUGUUGACGUGCCGCACCGUAGCUCAGGCUUAAAUCAAGACUGUCUGUCCUCCGACAACUCUUAGCACUUUUGGGAGAGCUCCCAUAACAACACCCCUCCUGCUCUGGGCUCGACUGGGAUUCCCCCCAAAAUGGCAAGACACCAACUGCAAAAAGGAUGACAGCUUUCUCCUCUAGGUAACUCACUAGCUAAUUAAAAAUUACCAAUGUUUAGCGCAAA